AUGAAGGCAGACCCUGCCAAGCUGGCCGACAAGAUGCUGCGUACCCCCAAGUGCUCGCGGUGCCGGAACCAUGGUUUCCUGGUGCCGGUCAAGGGCCACGCGGGCAAGUGCCGCUGGAAGCAGUGCACCUGCGAGAAGUGCUCCCUGAUCACCGAGCGCCAGAAGAUUAUGGCAGCGCAGAAGGUGCUCAAGAAGCAGGCCUCCGAGGAGGAGCAGGAGAUGGCCCUUGGCGCGCACCGGCCGGAGCUGUUGUCUGGGGCUGCGGCCGCCGCCGCCCCGGUCUCAAGCCUCCGCCAGCUGCUUCCGCUGGCAGUUUCGGGAGACCGGGACGUAGGCCCGGAGUGCCGCGUGGCCGCGGGCUUCCCAGAGAGGCCCCCGCGGGGCCCGAGCCCGGGCCCGAGUGCCUUCCAGCCAGUUCUGGGCGGCCGCGGCCACGUGGGGCUGAGCGAACGAGCCACUGUGGCCGUGCCCAGUUCCGUGGGGCUCCAGCUCGGGGCGGAGGCCGCAGGCAAGGGCUACUCCGGCCGCUUGGAGCUGCGCAGGCCGCUGCGGCCCGUGCCCAGCCCGCCGUUCGCCGACUUCGGGCUCUCUCUGAGCAUUAGCUCAGAUUGUGUGGUGGGGUCCGAGUACCUGGAGAGAGAGCCUUCCAAGCUGUACCCCAGCUGCUCCAACAUGCAUUCCUACUGCCCAUUCCCACUGGGCUACCAGGAUGGAUCCCCCACUCCGGGGAUCCCCCUGCAGCGGGGCUUCCGGCACGUGUCCUGCAGCCACUUCCAUGGAGGAGCCUUGGUGCCCGAGCCGGUGGGAGACUUCCAGCCCAGCUACUACCCGCCACCGCCACCGCCGCCGCCGCCGCCGCCAGCCCCGCAGCCUCAGUUCCUCCCGCCGGGCUUCCUGUCUGCGCUCCACUUCCUGCCGCCGCUGCCGCCGCCCCCGCCGCCGGCCUCCUUCUCUCUCGCUGUCCCGUCUGAUACGGACAAGGAAACCGCUGACGACCAGGACCAGGACCAGGACGCGGAGGGGCCCGAGGCGCCACCCCGUGAGCCCAGCCAGCCGCCCUCUCAGGAGCCGUCUGACUAG